CCGAGUCUUUCCGGAAAGAGCCGAGCUGACAGACCGUUCCGGUCACCCUCGAAUCUGAUCUAUUCGGCUGGUUUAGUUUCAGUCACGAUAGAGAUACGCUUGUGGGUAGUGUCGAGACUAUUUGGUCAGAAGAAAGGAAAAACAAACAAGGAAUACAUCAUUUUAUUCGGGAAUUCCAUUAAACAGACGAAUCCAUUGAGAAACUAUGGCGUCCUUACUGUGUUGCGGACCGAAGCUGGCGGCUUGUGGGAUUGUUCUUAGCAUCUGGGGGGUCAUUAUGCUGGUGCUGCUGGGGAUCUUUUUCAAUGUGCACUCGGCCGUGCUGAUUGAAGACGUUCCUUUCACAGAGGCGGACUUCCACGAGGAUAAGUCCCCUCCUCAGCGGAUCUAUGCCCUGUAUGAUCAGGUCAGCUAUAACUGCUUCAUCGCGGCCGGGAUCUACGUGCUGCUCGGGGGAUUCUCCUUCUGUCAGGUGCGACUCAACAAGCGCAAAGAGUACAUGGUGCGCUAGGCGAGAGCGACCCUGCGCAGCAAUGCACCGGACUGCACUGCGCAGCAUCGCCCCCCUCUGCUGGUCAACUCCGGAACCGCAGCCUGGUUCAUCCUUCUGCUCAGAAACUUGUGUUUGUCUGAAAUUCCCGUAACUGUGUUCUAUUUUUUAAAGGUUGUAUUUAUUACUGUUCUAGGCUGGAUCUUCAUUGUGUUGGGUUGAUUUUUUUUUUUUUUUUUUUUUGUGGGGGGGGGUCUUUGUUCCGACCCCAGUUUUAAAUUGUGAAACUGAAUCAAUGAAAUAAACGUGGAUCCGGACGCCUUGAGUCGUUCCUGAUCUCAAAACCGCUGCUCGGAGAUGCGUUUGUAUUCAAUAAGAUACGGGAUGUAUUAAAACGAUUUGCAUUCCAGAGAGAAAUCUCAAUUUUCCCUCCCUCCCUCUGUCUCUCCUUCCAUCUCUCUCUCUCCCUCUGUCUCUCCUUCCAUCUCUCUCUCUCUCCCUCUCCCUCUGUCUCUCCUUCCAUCUCUCUCUCUCUCUCUCUCUCUCUCUCUCUCUCUCUCUCUCUCUCUCUCUCUCUCUCUCUCUCUCUCUCUCUCUCUCUCUCUCUCUCUCUCUCUCUCUCUCUCUCUCUCUGUGAAUAUUCCAAGCUCUCUGUUGUACUCGUUAGCCCUCGUGAUGUAUUUCAGUAGCGUGCUGUUUGAUUAUUACAGUGUGUAUAUAUAAACAGUGAGAAUGGAAACGCGUGUGCCAGUCACUACAGAGGAGUUGUUAUUAUUGUUGUUAUUAGAAAUAAACCCCCCUGUGACUGAAUAAAUUAAAAAUAAAUAAAGAGGUGACUUUGCCGGAGAGCGAG